UUACAAAUCACGUGACAGCGGCUUUUAGCGGAACCUGUGUCAGAAGCUGUCGUCUGAAGUGACAGCUCAGGGAACCGGGCAGCCCAGAAACCCAGGCGUGGAGACUGAUCCUGCGAGAGGAAGGGGUUCAUCAUGGCGGAUGACCUAAAACGAUUCCUGUACAAAAAAUUACCAAGUGUUGAGGGGCUCCAUGCUAUUGUUGUGUCAGAUAGAGAUGGAGUGCCUGUCAUUAAAGUGGCCAAUGAUAAUGCUCCAGAGCAUGCUUUGAGACCUGGUUUCUUGUCUACUUUUGCCCUUGCCACAGACCAAGGGAGCAAACUUGGACUUUCAAAAAAUAAAAGUAUCAUCUGUUACUAUAACACCUACCAGGUGGUUCAAUUCAAUCGUUUACCUUUGGUGGUGAGUUUCAUAGCCAGCAGCAAUGCUAAUACAGGACUAAUUGUCAGCCUAGAAAAGGAACUUGCUCCAUUAUUUGAAGAAUUGAGACAAGUUGUGGAAGUUUCUUAAUCUGGCAGUGGUUUCUGUGUAUACCUUAUCUUCAUUAUAUCAGACAGUAUCAAUCCAGCAAUCUUUAGACCACAACAACACUUGUAUCCAUGUACUCAAGAAAGGGCCCCUUUUUCCACCUUACACUAGAGAAAGAGCCUAUAGAUAGAAUUUACGGACAGAUUGAUUGUUAUCUUUUCUUGUGUAGGGCCUUUUCUUAUUUGUGAGAUCUGGGGAUUCCACAGAAAUGGUUCAGUCUAUCACAGCUCCUAUGGAGUUAGUCCAGUCACCAAAUAUGCAUGAGAUUCUAUUUGGUGGCUCAGAAUCAAAAUGAUACUUUGACCCACUUGAGCCAUGAAGUGCUCCCUAUUGUACAAUAUGCCAGGCCUGCAGAAUGAAGCAGACUCUUUUUAUUGUGAAUAGUGAGGACAUAUUUUUCUUCAUAUUAUUUUAUUUGCAUUGAGAGGAAGAUAAAAUGGCUUAGUAAAAGUAAUAAAAUCAGUACAAUCACUAACUUUCCUUUGUAUAUAUUAUUUUGCAGUAUAGGUGAGUAUUACUAACUGAUUUGAUUCUUCUCAGAGGGUGCUGCUCUUUAAUGGAAAUGAAAAUGAUAGCUAAUGGUUUUUUUCUUCCACUCUGCUUUCUGUAACCAAUCAGUGUUUUUUAGUGUUUGUGUAUUCUUUAUAAAAUUUAGAUGUGAUUCAUUAUUGAAUUGUUUCCAAUCUUGGUGUGUAUAUAAACAUGGUAGUAUAGCCCUUUUUUUUCAUACAUGAGUAUAAAUAAAAUAGUAUUUUUAAAAGUACAGUUUGAGCACUCUGUAGGUUUUUUCCACCAGACUGUUUUCAAACGUUUGAAGACUAUAAUUAACUUAAUUCACUCUUUCAACCACACGAAUAAGUGACUGUUUCACGUCUGGUUUGGAGACCAUUUUACCUAACAUAAACUGUCAGUUGGAAAAUAAACCUCAUCCAUGAGCCUAAUUUAAUCUCUGAAAUUGGUAUCACAGUUCUAGCAUGUGCUUUUCAUUUUCAGGAAUGCAGUCCAUCAUUCAAGGUUGUUAAUUUCCUCCUAGGAUUUUUGACAAUCAGAGUUUGUCACUUGUACCUGGUAUUGAGCACCUACUGUGCACCAUUCACUAGCAGAAUUCUAAGGAGCACAGUGUACAUCAUAUUUCUGUGCUCUACCAAACUCAAGUGCACCUAACCUUUCACCCAAUGUAUUAGGAUUCUCCAGAGAAAGAUAACCCACAGACACAAAAUAUUUAAUUUCGGCACCCCAUGUUGAGUCAAAUUGACACAAAAGCCCACAAUUCCACUUCUAGAUAUUCAUGUUACCGAUGCAUAUGGAUGUGUGAAAAGUAUAUACUUAUAGUCAUUGUAAUUUAGUAACAUUAAAGGAUUGGAAACAAGUAUCCAUCAUAGAAGAGGUGACCUGUUUUUUGUUUUUUUUUUUUUUUGUAACAAUGCCAGUUUAUACCUGCUGUUCUCGGUGUAAUUAUUAGUGCUCCUUUCAACUCUGAAGGGUCCCACUUUAGAUAGAUUAUAUGUUCACCCUAAUCAUAGAGGGUUGGUUAAAGAAAUUGCUACAUUUGCCCAAUGGAAAAAAGAAUGAAGAAGACUUUAGGUACUGAGAUGGAAUGAUCUCCAAAACAUAUAAUGUUCAGAAGAAAAAGCAUGGUGUGAAACUGUGUGCUAUGCUACAACUUAUGUAUAGGAAGAAAAAAUGUAGAUGUAUGUUCAUAUUUGCUUGUAUAUGAUAGGUAUCUCUGAAGAUGCACAGAACGUGGUAACAUGGGUAGCCUCCAUGGAGUGGAGCUAGGUACCUGGGGGACAGGGUUCCCAGGAGUGACCCUUUUCACUGUAAACUUUACUUAUUGAAUUGUUAACUAUCCAAAAGUGAUAAAAUUAAGAUUAACUGAAUAAAAUAUUUCAGCAAACAACAAAAUUUAUAAUAAAAUGGUGAUGAGGUAUUUGGGAAAGUUGUAUCACUUGGGGUUCACCAAAAAACAACCAGUAGGAUAUACAUGAAUUAGACUUAUUUCAAGGAACUGGUUACCUGAUUUUGGAAACUGGCAAGCCCCAAAUCUGCAGGGCAGGCCAGAAGCCUGGAAAACCUCAGGCAGGAGCUGAGGCUGCAGUCUACAGGGAGAAUUUCUUCCCCGUGGAAACCCCAGUUUUGCUCUUGAGGCCUUUCAACUGCUUGAAUGAGCCCCACCCAUGUUAUGGAGCAUAACCUCUUUUAUAUAAAUUCAGGGGGUUGUAGAUGUUAUUAAGCACAUCUCUGAAAUACCUUCAUAGCAGCGUCAAGAUGAAUUCUUUCUCAAGAAGGCUCUUGCUUUAUUUUACGUGGCUGCCCACUAGCCAGGCCUACUUGAAAUGUCCACAGACUGGGCUCUUCUGUUAGUACAAAAUAAGUUACAGAAGUUGAGGUUUAAGGGUUUAAAAAACAGCAUACAUACUAUGUCUAUUGAAUUUGAUUUAAAAACUGGGAUUGUGAUCGUUGUAUUUUUACUUCAGUGUUCUGACAACUUACUGGAUUUUACAAAUUCCAAGUCUGUGAUAGGAAAUAAAUUUUAAAAGAAAAAAAAUCUGGCCCUUUUCCACAGGUAAUUUAAGGAGCUCUGCUCGACGUCAUGCCCAGACAGCCUGAAUCGUGGUGAGC